AUGCCAUAUACAAGUAAAAGGGAUGGCUCAUACUUGGCAGAGUUCCUGCUGGAAAAGGGCUAUGAGGUACACGGAAUUGUUCGUAGAUCUAGCUCUUUUAACACGGGACGGAUUGAACAUCUCUACAAGAACCCCCAGGCUCACAUCGAAGGAAAUAUGAAACUGCAUUAUGGUGAUUUGACAGAUAGUACUUGCUUAGUGAAAAUAAUCAACGAAGUUAAACCUUCUGAAAUUUACAACCUUGGAGCACAGAGUCAUGUUAAA